CGGAAGGCAGUGGGAAGAUGGCUUCCCUGGAUCGGGUCAAGGUGCUGGUGUUGGGUGACUCAGGUGUUGGGAAAUCUUCACUAGUUCAUCUCUUAUGCCAAAAUCAAGUGCUGGGAAAUCCAUCAUGGACUGUGGGCUGCUCAGUGGAUGUCAGAGUUCAUGACUACAGAGAAGGAACCCCAGAAGAGAAGACUUACUAUAUAGAAUUAUGGGAUGUUGGAGGCUCUGUGGGCAGUGCCAGCAGUGUGAAAAGCACAAGAGCAGUAUUCUACAAUUCUGUAAAUGGUAUUAUUUUAGUACAUGACUUAACAAAUAAGAAAUCAUCCCAAAACUUGUAUCGUUGGUCAUUGGAAGCUCUCAACAGGGAUUUGGUACCAACCGGAGUCUUGGUAACAAAUGGGGAUUAUGAUCGGGAACAGUUUGCUGAUAACCAAAUCCCACUGUUGGUAAUAGGGACUAAACUGGACCAGAUUCAUGAAACCAAGCGCCAUGAAGUUUUAACCAGGAUUGCUUUCCUAGCUGAGGAUUUCAAUGCAGAAGAGAUUAAUUUGGAUUGCACGAAUCCACGGUACUUAGCUGCAGGCUCUUCCAAUGCUGUCAAACUCAGUAGGUUUUUUGAUAAGGUCAUAGAGAAGAGAUACUUCUUAAGAGAAGGUAAUCAGAUUCCAGGCUUUCCUGAUCGAAAAAGGUUUGGGGGAGGAACGUUCAAGAGCCUUCAUUACGACUGAAUUAGACUCAUCCUCUGGAAGAGUGAGCAAGAGUGGCAGGUUUCCACAGCUUUCCUCUUGCUGUGUCAAUUAUUAACGUCUCAGCCUUUUAACGAAAUCGUCUUAAAAUGCCACCCUUCAGCCUCACACUAAAUAGAAAAAUGAAAGGAAGUGACAGUGUGGGAGGUCCAGAUUUUGUCCCCAUUCUCUCUGUUCCUCACUCUUCUGUCCCUAUUUAUAGAUUAUGUAAAAGCCUUGUGGAAAUAUGAGAUGUUGUCAGAAUGAUGCAGUAGAUGAUCGGUGGCAGAGUGCUGCAGAGAAAAUUUACUCUUGCCUGGAACUGGAAGGGUUUUAUGGGUCUGUAAUUUUCCCGCACUCAUUGCUGGAGACUUAAGUACUUCAAAAAUGUAUCUCUAUUGUUUUACCUUCUUGAGGGGAAAGGUUAUGUUAAGUAGCUCUGAGUUGUCCACCCCAAACAAUCUUUGUCAUUUUCAAAGAAGCAAAAUGGUGUUAUUUAAUUGUCUCCACCCUCAUCAAACACAGGGAUGCCUAAUAAUAGCAGCCCUUGUCUGCCUCUCCUCUCCUUUGCAAAGGGCUCAGAGGUUGGAGGAGGUGGACUAAUAGCUGGAGUUAAAAUAUAAAUACAGAUUAAUAAUACAUAGAGAACAGCAGUACCAGAAAAGAAUUCUGUGAGAAACUGACAGCUCACUAAAUCCUUCACCCUUUAGGAUACAGCUGUCUACACUCUCUUACUGUUCUGUUUGGAAAUCUCAGACCGGCACAAGGACAGUAAAAGAGAUUUACAGCCUCUUCAUUUUUAUUUGUCUGAAGGAAAAGUCAAGUCCUAAAAUAGUAAACUCAGAUUAUUAUUCUUUGUGUGAACAUUGUAUUUAUGGAGAGAAGUAAAAAUAAGUUCCCACAGCCAACACAUUUCCAUGAAUUAUGGACUUGGAUUCUUGGAUUCUGUAAUCACUCCAGUAAUUUAUUUAACAUCCCGUUGGUUUGUUUGUAUGUUUUGGGUGGGUUUUGCUUCGGGAGGUUGAGUUUUUUGGAGGCGGUGUGUGUGCGUAUGCAUAUUGUUUGUUGUUACUUUUUUACCUAUCUUUUAUUGCCUGUUUAAUUCUCUCUGCCCCAGUUCUUCCUUAAUAUUUAAACCUGGUUUCCUAAACCUCUAAUUUGCUGCCUUAUUCAGCAAUAGCUUAUCACUCAUAUUCUCUUUCUGGCUCCGCUACAGCUGUCUGCACUCCCAGUUUUGCUCCAUAUUAAAAAAUAAUAAAUAAACACAGUUUCGGUUUCUCAUUUUAAAACUAGGGGAAAACACUAAAUUCACUUUCUAUUCCAUUUUUAUUAAAUUUCUGAAGUUCUUUGGAAAUCAAAGUACACUGAAAAGAAGAUAUUAAAAUAAGAAUGUUAGAGAGUGCUUUUAGGAAGGCAGUCUUGAGAGUUUGGGAAAGGAUUUUUAAAGCUCUUUUCACCAGCUAGAAUAUUCUUCACCUCCACCCUCACAAGACUAAGCCCUAAUUUCUUUUUUGACACAAAGGAGAGCUAUGCAAAUCUGAUCUGUAUGUGGAAUCUGGCACAAGUGUGUCAUGGCAGAGACUGUGCAGUUGGGAAGCAGGAGUCCAAAUGCAUGCACCAGACUUAAGCCACUUAAAGCUCUUUGUGUUCCUCUUUAAAAAAAAAUAAAUCUCUUCUCUCCCCCCACUUCUGUUUCUUUCCUUUAAUUAAAAAAUCCAUUCCAAUUUCUGUAUUUCUCACUUAUUAAAAAAAUAAAAUUAGCCAUCAUGUAUGACUCCAACCUCAAAAAAUUAACAGUAUUCCUCAACUCCAUUCCUUCCUGCUGCCAGCUUUACUCCCUGAAUUGUAGUUUUCUAAGAAGAAAUAAUUUUCGAUAAUCUAAGGUUAAUUCCUGGCAAGUCUGAGUAGCAGCAAAAUAAAACUGUUUGCCAGAAUGAAAGUUAUUAGCCAGAGUUCUUCAAAAAGAAAGUUUUUAAAACAAGUUUUACUAAGACUUCCUGAGAACUACUCAUAAAAUUUGUUUUAAAUAAUAACAAGUGUAAAUACCAAAACAGUCCCCAAAAAGUGUUUAUUAAAUCUUUAAUUUUCUUACUUUCUCAAUGGGACAUGUUGCUAGCAAUUAGAGAGAUAUCUUUCUGUUGUGAUCUUGAGCUCUAACCACUGUUCUCACGCAUCGUGGAAGCAACCAGAUGUGAAGGCGGAUGGCCACUCAUCUGCCCCUUGGGUGGGCAGGCUCUUGGGAUCCAGUGUUUGAGCUGAUGUCUACCUCAUUACUCUGAGAAGAGCUGUUCCCAAAGGGACCGAUCCUUUCUACGUCAGCUUUAGCUUGGGUUCUCAGAAGUCCCUGAACUCAGGGCAUCCAUGAUAUAGCCAUGUACCCGACACUGCUAUUUUUCUCUUCAUUCUGGAAGUGGAUUGUGUGGGAAGACGAAGAGCUCCUAAUCGCUGCAAUAAUCAGAGCUUUUGAGUCUUCACUUGAAUAGUGUGUGCUGUAGCGCCCAACUUAGGGAGGGCCUUGUAUGGGUAUUUAAUAGAUGUUGCUUUCAUUGAAUUUUUAAAGCAUAGGUAGCAUCCUUUUUAAAGAAGUUUGAAGGUGUAACAGGAUGUCUGCAUUGAUUUUAAACCUGUUAAAAUUCAAAGGAGGGUACUUGGAGGAAAAGGAAAUUUUAAAAAAUGCAUUUCUCUUCUCCAUUCUCCCAAGGCUGAGAGCCAGAUCACUGUGGUGGGAGAGGACAGGUUUCAGGAUGUCUAGAACCCUGAGCUGCAAAUAAUCCACAGUAUUUUUGCCUGAUGCAAAAUAUCUGGAGCUGGAGCCUGCCAGGGCUGCUCCAUCAAGACUUCCAGUUACAAUUAAUCUGCAC